GCAUCGCUGUGAGAAGUAACACCCUGCUUGUGAUACUCUCCUGCUGAACCGUUACGAUGCACUGGAUCCCACUCACAAAUCAUGACUCAGACAUCACUUGCUCCAAUGAUAUAGGAAUAUUGACAACGCACGGUCAAGAGCAGAGAUACAUCAGCCCUACCACUGGCAUCUGCCGAAGGCUCAUCGUGCAAGCUGUCACACCCUCUGGCAAAUUCGAAGUCCCCCUCAAGGAUCACGCCAACGAUACCAGCAAGCUCGCCAUAUGGCUGCUAACCCAUUCCCCCUUCAAAGGAUGGAUUAUUUUCGAAUGGAUCGGAAAAUCAGUGUGGUUUGCACUGAAGCUAUUGUGGCCAAUCAUCUGGUUUCUCGUGGCACUUUAUCUCAACGCCAGUGAUGAUUCUGAAGAUGAUACUGAUUCGCCGUAUAACGCAGGAUACUACAAACCGUAUCUUCGCCAGUUUCAGGGUCAGCUAUGGGCAGCUCGUUCUCGCAUGGAGCAUUCAUCGCGCAUUAAAGAGGAAGCUGAUAUGAAUACUCGUACGCAUGCCUGUUACCCUCGAAUUCUCAUGAUCCGCAGCCCAAACCAGAGUGAGUGGGUUCGAUGCGUAGAUCGCGAUAUCAUCAUCCACACUAAAUACAUCGCCAUCUCUUACCGCGCCACCGACGUCUACUCUCGAGGCUUGGGUGAGAAGGAAGGAAAGGCACAGUUUACAGACGAGGUUCGUGCGGCGGUGCUCGGACAGCAAUUCGAUGCCUACUGGCUCGACUUGGAGUGUCUAGGAGAGACUCCAUCAGAGGAGAAUCUAGAUGUUUACUGCAUGUCAGACGUCUACCGUAGAGCGGAGACGACUUUGAUCAUGCUCGGGAGAGCUGACUCUGGAGAGGACGAGUGCUGGAGGGGCUGGGGCGGACGGGUAUGGACUUUUCCAGAAGCCCUCCUGAGCUCUCGGCUUUGUUACAAGUUCCGGGAUCGGGAAGAGGUUGAGUCAUUGUCGCUGUUUCAGCUGGCUAACCUGGCCUAUACGAACUCCGAAGAUGAACAAGCAAUUGUCAAUGCAUAUGCUGAUGGGAAGGAUCCGCUUGAGAGGCUAGAGCGCUUAACACUCUUGAAAAAAGCUAUAUGGAGGCGCGCUAUGGCAGGUUUUCCAACACGUUCUGGCCCUCCUCCUCCCCCAGGGUAUAAGCCACACAAAGCGGAGCACGUUUAUGCGCUCAUGGGCUUUUUUGAGCACCGUAUUCAGCCAAACCACGAUGAGGACGAGUUACGCGCACUCGCGAGGUUGUCAAUGGCCAACGAUAUCGACCGUAUCGCUGAUCGCAUGGUGUCCAUGUUUCCCUCAACCACCACCCCAGGGGCGUGCUGGUACGCUGACAAUGAUAUAUACGACGCAAAUCUCUGGGAUAUUCUUCCGGAGAUCCAAGUCGCUGGUGUAACAGAGAACGGAGCUCUCGUUUUGGAUGGUUGUCGGGCGGCAGCCAUCAGAUGGAAGGACUUCCCGGAGGUCCCAUUUGCGACUACAUUUUCGUUGAGGAGGAAGAUUGUCGGUUCCAUACCGUAUUUCUCCUGGCCGUUCAUUGUCAUUGGUUUAGGGGUUAUACCGAAUACCAGCAGAGUCGCAGGCUUCGUACUCAUUGGCAUCGGACUCCUCCUCCUGUUUUUUUCCCCUCGACUGUUUCUCUAUAGCAAAUCUGGGCGUAUAAUCAACAAACAACCGUGGUUGAUCGGGGUUAAAGGAGUGGUUGAUAGAGAAACGGUAGAAAGUCACUUAUACGGGGGUACCAUUGCACACUUCCCAAGGAUGUAUUUCACUCCGAGUGGUUCGCUGUUCUCAAAACCGGAACAGUUCUCGAGACGGAUAGGCUCAGACGAGCAAUAUGAGGAUGCGAAGGAACAAGCGAAGAGUGGGCCGGGACAUAUGUUCACGCUCAUCGACACAUAUUCGUCAACCAUGUACUAUUUCCGUGCUGAGCGACCGCCGACGGUAUGCAUCUUCGCAGGACGGGAGGGAGGGCUUGGGAGGUUCGUGCUUUGUUCAGAGAGCUGUAGGGCCAAUGAACUGCAUAAGGAGAUGGUGUUGCGGAUGCCCACGGAGAUCAGUCAGAAGAUGGAGUUGUGUGGCUGGGUCGCGCUUGGAUGAGAUUGAUUUG